UUCGACGAAUAUUUUGAUGGAUAAUGAGUCGUACGAUAAUAUAGCGAUACAUGUAGUUUUAGAUACCUUGAUGCAACACUCGUUGAUAAUCGGCACAGACUUCUUCGAUACUGUGGAAUUAAACAUAAAGGAAGGAAAUGCUUCUAUUCGUAAAGUAGAGAAAAAAGAUUGCAAUAGACUCCCGGAGGUGUUUAAAGUAGAUGCAGCAAUACGAAGUAAUAGAUCAGUCUCAAUCUGACUUUGCAAUCCCGAUCAUAGUUGAAAUAAGGAACGGAUCUCUUCAUGUUCCUAUCGAGAAGAAUAGUAGAGAAUGUACAGCAGUUGUAGUUCCCACGAGUGCUUGUUUCGAGGGCACCGUCAUAUCGGGCAAAAUUUUAUUAGAUGAAUCGGUCGCGACGAACAUAAUCGCGGUAGCGUCGGGUGGAAACGACACAGACGGUUGCGAUGACGAGCUAUCAAGCCGACCUCUUGUCGGCGAAGGGUGUUUAACAAGAGACGCAUGA